AUGGGCGAGGCCCUCUCUCUCUGUGCUUUCUCUCUCUGCCCACCCUCCAUAUCCUACGCCCACCUCCUCUUUGACAGUGUCCACAACCCGACUCCGUUCAUGUUCAACACCAUGAUCAGAGCUUUCUCCAAUUCCAAGACCUCCCAUGAAUCUUUCUCUUUCUUCAAUCGAAUGCUCGCCAAUGGUAUCAAACCCGAUCACUUCUCCUUCCCUUUCUCUCUCAAAGCGUGUGCCUUCUCUCUCUGUCUACAAAAUGGCAAAUGCCUCCAUACCAAAGUCAUAAAAUCUGGUUUCGAGCCGGACCCAUUUGUGCAUAGCUCCCUUGUCCAUUUAUAUUCAAUUUGUGGAGAAACCACUGAUGCACACAAAGUCUUUGAUGAAAUUAUUCACCCAACUGUAGUUUCUUACAAUGCUCUGUUAGCUGGGUUAGGCAAACAAGGGCUUAUUUCAGAUGCCCGGAACAUAUUUGAUAAAAUGCAAGAGAAAGAUUCCAUUUCUUGGAGCUCACUAAUAGCAUCAUAUGUCAAUGGCAAUGACUGUCUAGAAGCUCUGAUGGUUUUUAAAGAGAUGCAAUUAUCAGGAAUUGAACCUAACGAGGCUUCUCUUGUGAGCCUGAUUUCUGCCUGUGCUCGGUUAGGGGCUUUACGGCAAGGCAAGUGGGUCCAUAACUACUUGAGAAAGAGACGCAAAGAAGGCCUACAAUUGACCACUAAGAUGAGCACUGCACUCAUAGACAUGUAUGCAAAGUGCGGCCACAUAGAGAAGGCCAUCGAAGUUUUCGAAGAGAUUCAAGUGAGAGAUUUGUGGGCUUGGACAUCCAUUAUAACUGGGCUCGCAAUGCAUGGGCAUGGCGAAGAAUCGGUAUGCUUCUUCUCCAAGAUGAAGAGAGAUGGAAUGGUGCCUGAUGGGGUGGCUUUUUUGAGCCUUUUAUGUGCUUGUAGUCAUUCAGGGCUCGUCAAUGAGGGGAAAUUUUACUUUGAUCUCAUGACUAAGGACUAUGGACUUGAGCCCAAAAUGGCUCACUUUGGUUGCAUGGUGGACUUAUUGGGUAGGGCUGGAAGGCUCAAAGAGGCGGAGGAAAUCUUAGUUUCUAUGCCUAUGAAGCCUGAUUCAAGUGUGUUGGGAUCUCUACUGAAUGCAUGUUUUGUCCAUGGGGAUGAUCAGUUGGGAGAGAGAAUUGGAAAAAAGUUGAUUGAAUUGGAGCCUGGGCACUCAGGGCGCUAUGUGGGUCUCUCAAAUUUGUAUGCAAAGGCUGGGAGGUGGGGUGAGGCUGAGAAGGUGAGGGCAGUGAUGGAUAGUAGAAGAGUAAGAAAGCCACCAGCAUGCAGUAUGGUCUAG